CACCAGGGCAACUCUUCUCACCCAUCUCAAAACUUACAACCUCUACUACGAAGGCCAGAAUUUGCAACUGAGACACAGAGAGCAAAACAGAAAAAAGGACAUGGACCAGAAGAUGGCUGCUCAGGAGGAAGAGGGGGUGUUACAGCCAACUACUGAGGGAGCUGACUGACGAAGAUGCUCCUGGUUACAGAAACUGGUUAAGAAUGGCGCCAAACACAUUUAAUAGUCUGGUGAGCCUGGUGGAACCAUCAUUAAGAAGGAAAGACACAGUGAUGAGGGAAGCAAUACCUGUUGGGGAGAGACUGGCAAUAACAUUGAGGUACUUGGCCACAGGGCAGACCUUCUCCUCUCUGGAAUACACAUUCCGGGUUAGUAGGCACAGCAUUUCCAGGAUAGUAGUCGAGACCUGUGAGACUCUUUACAAGGCAUUACAACAGGAUUACCUCAAAGUGCCAUCCACAGAAGAGGAGUGGAAACAUAUUUCUACCAGAUUUGAGGAGAGGUGGAACUUUCGGCAUUGCAUUGGGGCCUUAGAUGGCAAGCAUGUCAACAUCCUUCCGCCACCUAAUUCAGGGUCUCAUUACAAUAACUACAAAGGUUUUAAUUCAAUAGUUCUCAUGGCUCUAGUAGAUGCAGACCUGAAAUUUAUUUAUAUUGAUGUAGGGACAAAUGGCAGAGUUAGCGACAGGGGAGUUUGGGCCAAGUGUGGGCUGAGCUGGGCAUUUGAAGACAACACACUGAACAUACCACCACCAGAAGACCUGCCUGGCCGUCAAACCCCUAUCCCUUAUGUUGUCGUGGCGGAUGAGGCUUUUGGUUUGAAGCCAUGGAUGAUGAGACCAUACCCAAGGACACAACUGGAUAACAACAAGCGAAACUUUAACUACAGGCUCUCUCGUGCACGUCGUUGUGUUGAGAAUGUUUUUGGAAUCUUGGCAAACAGAUUCAGAGUUUUUCGCCAAGCAAAUGCACUGGAGCCUUCCAAGGCUGUAAUAAUAACAAAGGCAGCAUGUGUUCUUCACAAUUACCUAAGAACAGAAUCCCUCACCCGUUACACCUACACACCUUCCAGUCUGGUGGAUCAGGAGGACACAGAAACAGGUCGACUUAUUCAAGGAGCUUGGAGGGAAGAACCAGAAUGUAUGCGCCCUAUUGCAGCUUCCUCAGACAGAAAUUCAUCUUUGCAGGCAAAACAAGUGAGAGAGCAGUACUGCAGCUACUUCAACACAAACGGAGCAGUAAGCUGGCAAGAGAACGCUUUGUCUUGAAUACUUAUUCUUCCUCCACACUUCCAUAACCUCUACCCAUCUGUUUCAUUAAUGCAGUAUGCAGGAUACAAAAAGACGAUAAUGAAUGAAAUGCAACAAAUACAUUUUGUUUGUUUUUAUUUUCAGUUCAGCCACCCUGGCAAAUGCAAAAUAUAAAAUACACAAUUAAAGAAGUUAAAUUACUAUUAAAUAAGUUAAAUUACAGAUUACUAUACAUACUAAUAUACAUGCUCCAUUUGUUUAAAAUUCAGAAUACAAAAAGAUAAUAAAUACAAAUUUACAAUCAAAUACAUGUUUUGUUUUUCAUUUUCAAUUCAGCUACCCUGGCAAAUGCAAAAUAUAAAAUAAGCAAAUAAGUUAAAUUACUGUUGAAUCAAAUCACUAUACAUACUACUCCUCAUCUUGGACAGAGUGAGCCAACUCGAUUAUCUGUCUUUUCAGCUUCUUCGCCUUGUUGUCUGGCAGACUUUCUAGGCAACUUUCUAAGUACUGUAAAAAGCCAGUGUGAUGUGAGGAGGCCUUUCUUUUCAGAACACCCAUACUGCAUGGCCUCUGUAGCUUUAUCCAUUUUUUUCUUUUUGGGCUGAACUGAACUGUUUGAACUGGGAUGCUGAGGGAGCAGCCAAAACUGUUGACAAAUUGUCACAACUUUCUUCAGGGGUGCAGGGAUCACGGAGAAAAGACAGGAUGUAAUAAUACUUCCACUUGGGGAGGUAAACCUCUUCAGCGCCGGCCCCCGAUUUACUGCUCUUCAGAACCAGGCCAUGCUCCCGCGAAAACACAGUGCGAAGGAAGAGGGUGAGCUCAUCGUUGAGGGGUUGCUCAAUAUCGCCUGGGGUUUACGUCGACCAAUCAGACUUCAGAUGCAGGAUGACCACGAGAGAAUCAGACCUCCUCCCUCCUCAACAUCCUGGCACUCUGGCUGUGCCUUGGACACCCAGAGCAACACAGAGACUUCACAGCAAGUUCCGCCCAUUGUGGAGGCAACACAGCAGGCCCUGCCCACUGUGGAGGUGACAGCCCCAGAGAGCCAACCAGAAGACAACGAUGUGCAGGAGGACCAGGGGGAAGAAGAGUACGAGAGCUCCACUCAGCUUUUGAGGACAAAGAGUGAUGCUGGGGUUUUGAGGGGAGGCCAGAGACGGUCAUCUAGCGACCAGAGAAGGAUACGACGACACCGCUUUUCCAUCAAUGGGCACUUCUACAACCACAAGACUGCAGUUUUCACCCCUGCAUACGGGUCAGUGACCAAUGUCCGUAUCAACAGCUGUAUGACCACACCUCAGGUGCUCAGAGUUCUCCUCAACAAGUUCAAAAUUGAGAACAGCCCAGACGACUUCGCGCUCUACCUCGUACACACCAGUGGAGAGCGAAUGAAGCUGCAGCGUUGUGACUACCCCCUGGUUGUCAGAGUACUGCAUGGUCCAUGUGAGCAGGUUUGCAGGAUUUUCCUGAUGGAGCAGGACCUAGGAGAGGAGGUCACUUAUGACGUGGCGCAGUAUAUCAAGUUUGAGAUGCCGGUACUGCAGAGUUUUAUCACCAAGCUGAAGGAAGAGGAAGACAGAGAAGUGCAGAAGCUCAGAAGAAGGUACACCUAUUUACGUUGUGUUAUUGAGAAACAGCUGUGCUGUACCCCAGAGGGGACCACAUGCAUGUGAGUUUCCCAAGGACCAGAUGUCCAACUUCUCCAGAAACCGAGGGUCUCCACUACCACCCACCUACCCAACCACACUGAAACCAGAUACGUCACGUUGUCAUGGAAUGCUAAAAUGUCUGGAUGGAAGUUACAUUUUACUGUUUAAAUUCAAUCCAAAACACAAGCACAAAAACACGGUCUCAAUUAAUGCUGUGAAAGGUCUGUAUGUAUUUUAUGAAGUCGGGGGAGGGUUCUUUUUCAAGACCUUUGUGUAUUGUAUGUAUUUUAUGAAGUCGGGGAGGGUUCUUUUUCAAGACCUUUGUGUAUUUCCUGAUUUUGUAAUGUUUUGGUAAUGUUACAUUGAGACUACCUGACUGAAAAUCCCUCCUGCGAUGCCAUUAGUUUAAAACAUUUUUAAUAAAAGAUAUGUUAUGUUUAAAAUAAAUAUUGAAUCUAUUCAUCUCAAGUUAUUGAAGGAGAAGUAUGCCCUUGAUAAAAAUAUUUAAUUUUAUUGUGUUAUAAUCAUUGUUUUAUGUGUUUUAUGUAUUGCACUUUCAUACACAUCACAGUUUGCAAUCACUCAGAGCAAAUUUAUGUAACUCAAAGGUAUUCUAAGUCUUGUUAUGGAGGGCUUAUGGUAUUCUCAGACUUAUAUAGAACAGAAACACACACUAAUGUCUUGUUCGGAUGAGGCUUAUACUGUUACGAGGAUCAAGGAACACUGUUGACUCUAUGUAGCCAAUGUGGAGGAAGGACAGAGAGAUGCCCUCCACCUGUCUGAACAAGACUGGACUCUGGAGAUUUAUAUAACUGGCUGACGCACACUAUCAGACAGUUAUUGACAUGACCAACAAUCACACGCCUAUACACACACACUUUUGUACUUGCCUCCUGCCUCACAGCAAAACAAGAACCAAGGGAAAGUGAGAAACAGCAUUUGAAUCACUUGAUCAUUUGAACUUUCUUCAGCCACUCAACAGGUGAGCCAGCUCUACCGUGUUUGUUGCUUUUAAUAACCUCAAUACAUGUUGUGUUUAGUAGUGUAUAUAUAAUACAUCAUGUUUGAAUAAUCUUUAGAUGUCAAGAUUAGUUUAGUAGUGUAUAUAUAAUACUUAAUGUUUGAAUAAUCUUUAGGUGUCAAGAUUUGUUUAGUAGUGUACAUGUAAUACAUAAUGUUUGAAUAAUCUUUAGGUGUCAAGAUUUGUUAAGGUGUAUAUAUAAUACAUCAUGUUUGAAUAAUCUUUAAGUGUCAAGAUUUGUAUACCUUUAUAAAUGUGGCUAUUCCGUUAAAGUCACCUAAUGUCAGCCCUAACUCAGAUAUACAUACUAAAACUCCGGCUUUUGCAGUGAUUGAGUGUGAGCUGCAUUGCACAUAACCACAACCUCCAAUCUGGGAACACUCUAGUGGGAUUAUCUCCAAACCUGCGUCUUGACCCAGAGGUUAAUUACAGGCUGUCUUAAUGUGGACGAGAAUAGACUGUGAGAAAAAAUACUGAUUGAUUAGCAGUACCAUCAUUAUAAUUGUCUUCACCAGUUAAAAUUUCUUAUAGCUUCAGUCCUGCCAUUGUCAUCAAUAGUAAAAUCAAAAAUCUUCUGAGUUUUUUGUUGACUAUGAGGGUUGGUUUUUAGAAUACAAGAAAGUAUUGUUAUUAUCCACGGUUGCAGUCCAGCACCUGUUUUGUUUUAAUAAACUACUUCAUAAUGAACUGAUAUAGAGUGAAAAGUUUUUC